AUGCAAUACAACGAUCCCAUCGAGCCAGCCUAUCCAAGGCUCCCGCAUCAAGACGCGGCCAACACCGAUGCGAUUGAUCAUCAUCCCGGCACACUCGCGCGCGCUGAGCGUGCUGCCAAACGUGCGCACCUCGAAGGUCUCGACGCUGAACAAGCUCAGGCUGCCAGUGGAACAGUCAACCUGUUGCACCGAUAUGGUGGCAAAGGCAAGGAUAAUGUAGUCCUGGUGCCGGCUCCCACCGCGGAUCCUCAAGAUCCACUCAACUUGCCAACCUGGAGGAGGAUUGCUAUCAUCGUCAUGCUACAAAUCUUCGCUAGUUUUGGCCAGAGCGCCGUCUCAGCCUUUGCUACCAUUAUACCGUUUCUCGAGGAUGAAUAUACCGUUCAAGAGGGCAAGAACGACCAGGAUAUGCUUAACUUAUCGGUCAUGCCUACCUUGACCCAGGGCCUGUCCAACUUGGCUCUGGUACCCCUCGCUUUGGCUAUCGGCCGACGUCCCGUUUACCUGGGCGCCAACGUGAUAUUCCUUCUCGCCUGCAUCUUGGCCGCCAACUGCACUUCAUACGACCAGCACCUGGCAUACCGUCUCAUGAUGGGGUGCUCGGUCGGAGUUGGUCAAUCUCUGGUCCCUCUCAUGGUCAAGGAAUCGGUCUUUCUCCAUCAACGAGCGACCUUCCUCUCCUGGUCUGGUACCAUCAACUCCAUCUUCGGCCUCGUGUGGGGUAUGUUCGUUCCCAACGUCGUCGGACAGGUAGGCUGGAGAAAUCUAUACUAUAUCGACACUGGUAUCGCGGGUGCUGCCUUUUUGGCUGGUAUCUUCUUGAUGCCCGAAACCAAAUAUGACCGCCCGCUCGAGGCUUUCAACGGUCUCGGUUAUGGGAAAGCGAUACCCGCGCCGGUGCAUGAGGCAGCAGAAGAUGAGAAGGAGUAUGCGCAUGACAAGCAUAUCGAGGACACUCGUGUCGAGUUCGCCAGCCCCGCCGAUACUCGGCCCAGGUUGAUCCAGAUCACCCAGUUGACGCGCCCGGAUGUUGACAACGUCAAUUUCACGCCUCGAACCUGGUUGACCGACCUCCGCCCUUUCCAACGCAAACCCAACUGGAGGAUUGCUUUGACGACCUACAAGGAUGCUUUGCAGCUCCUCCUAUUCCCAAACGUCCUGCUCUUUUGCGGACUCAACUUCUGGUUCCUUACCAUGACAAUCGUGCAUUCGGCUACCUAUCCUCGUGUUCUGAUCGGUGCGCCUAACAAUUGGUCUCGAGACAACGUCGGGUUCAUCCAAGGAGGAGCGGUCCUGGACAUCCUAUUGACGGUGCCCUUCGUCGGUUGGUUCUCCGACUUCGUCAUCAAAUACUUUGCAAAGAAACGGCACGGUGUCCACGAGCCCGAAGUUAGGGUUCUUCCAAUCUUUUUCCCCGCUACCCUCGGAUUCACAGCGAUGAUCCUGCAUGGAUACCAACAAGCCUAUCCCACAAGAGUCCAUUGGUUCGCCCAGGUAUACAUCUUCGGAGCCCUCAACUUCAGCUUCUCUGCCGUCUCAAUCUCGACUCAGAACGUUCUCUUGGACUCCUACCCCACCCGAGCUGGCGCUACUCUCAUCAUCGUCAACACAUUCCGAGGUGCACUGGCUUUCGCCUUCAUGGGUUCUUUCUCGAAGACGAUCCAGAAUCUAGGCGGCCCCCUGCCAGCUUGGGGCACUUUCGGAGGUGUCGGCGCAGCUUUGAUGUUGAUUUGCUUGGGUCUCUUCUUCUACGGAAAGAAGAUCCGUCUCUUCACCUUGCGAUUUGUUGUCGAUGGCGACGGUGAUGGUGGUAGGAUGAAGGAUUACUGAGAGGCAUUUUGAGGCAUGACGUUCCGGCGGUGUUUCUUUUGGUGAAUAUGGCGGUGAUGGUUUGUUGAAAUUCGUGAAAUAACAAAGAAAAAGAAUUGUAGGGAAUGCGAAAGGUCUUGUUUGUACGGUUUACGUAGUUAGCCUCGAUGAAUACCUUCUGCUG